AUAUACACAUAAAUAUUAUCCAGAAGAAAAUGAGCACUUUGACUUUCGUGGAACUUAUCACAGAGAAUCGGUUACUCUUGCUUACUGCACUCAUCGUUUCUUGGAUAAGUUUCAAACUUUCACAGUUAUUGUUGAUCUAUUUGAAAUACACUGUUGGAGUAUGGUGCUUAUCUAAACGGAAAACACUUCGUCAGGCUGGUGAAUGGGCAGUUGUCACUGGUGCAUCGUCAGGUAUUGGUGAAGCGUAUGCAGAAGAACUGGCCACAGAAGGUCUCAAUAUCAUGCUUAUCAGUAAUGAUGAGAAACAACUGUCGUCCGUUGCUAAACGAAUCGCAAAUACCUACAAUGUUCAAACACGAAUCGUGGUUGCAGAUUUCACUAAAAAUGAUGUUUAUGAAAUAAUAAGACCUGCUGUUGACCAACUGUCCACAAUUGCUUGUUUAGUUAACAAUGUUGGUAUGGUGUUACCGUUUGAGUUGUUUGCUGGAGAAGUUGAUUCACCGAAUGAAGAAUCAAUCAAAAAUAUCAUUCAUUGUAACAUUUUAUCUACACUGAUAAUGACAAACAUCAUUCUGCCGAAAAUGUUAACACAGAAAGGACCUAAUCCUGGUAUCAUAAACAUUUCAUCUUAUACAGCUUUAAAAGUGACGCCCUACUUGACAAUUUAUCCUUCAACCAAAGCAUUCAUUAUUCAAUUCUCUAGAUGUCUGGCUGCAGAACAGUAUAGAAAGAAUGUGAUUAUACAAACGAUGUAUCCAUUAUUUGUAUCUACAAAUAUGACCGAUUUAAGAGAAGCCACAUAUUUCACACCAUCUGCUAAAGUCUAUGCUAAAAGUGCAUUGGAUAUGUUUGGUGUUGAACAACAAACCACUGGUUAUUUUCCACAUGAGUUAAAAGCAUUUGUAUACAAUUUAUUGCCAACAUCAUUGUGGGUAAAAAUAAUCGAACGUACGUUCACUCCAAUCAGUAGACAAUCGAAGAAGUUUGACUAACAUGAAUGUUGUUUUUCAACUUUCCUGAGAAACAGUAAAACCUAAAAAUGAACAUUUCGAAGCUUUUAAUUAUAUCACAGUUUUAUGAAUUUAUUUAAAAUUAAUGAAACGUAACUUUAUCUGUGAAAUCAGUCGUAUAGACGUAGAAUUUACAUUAUGGUAAACUAGUUUUCUUAUGUUCAAUGGUCAGUUACCUUUCAAUCCAUAGUUAUCUUGGUCACAAAUUCUUCUCAAAAUUUCGUAUCGAGUCAUCUUAUAAUGAAUGUUUCGACAAUUACCAUUUCAACGUCAUUAGUCACGGUUUUACUAAUUAAAUCCCGUUUCCAUAUGACUAACCCUCAAAGAUACAAUAAAACUAGUGAAAAUAUCAGCAUUUUUCUCGUAUAUCAUCGUUCAUUGAUCGAGAAAUAAUUUUUCGUUUAUUUCAUUUAUUAUUCUCGACAAGUUGUUAUUUAGGCAGAUACUUGUUGAGAAUGGAAAUAGUAGAUGGUCUGACUGAAUAUUAAUAACACUGAGUUACCAGGUUAAGUCUUCGAUUCACUACUGCUUUAAUAAUUUGAUUCGAAAGUAACUGUCUCGUCGCACAGUUACAUCCACGCUGUGAGUUUUUUGGCCACUAAAACACGAAAUCCAAUUCUAGAAAUGUCAUAUCAUCUUCUCAAGAUAAGGCUCGGCCAACCUUAACACGACCGGAACACCGUACUUACCCACGUAAAUGCAAAAUAUUUUCAGAAAGAGGGAUGCCCAAAUUUCACGAUUACUCAUGGAUAUCCGCAUUACAUAACAACUGGUUUCAGCUUCAGUUUGGAAAGGAGAGGAAGCUCGAUGACCUGUGUCAGUCCUGGCAAUGAUGGUCUCUCAGUUGAUCUAACUUUCUUUUGAAAGAGUCGAUGGAUGGAGCCUCAACCACGUGCUGAGGUACUGAAUUCCACUCGUUGAUGAUUUGACGGGAAAGUUGAUAGUCAGCUGACAAGUAAUUUGUCCUGGGCUUGUGAACUUUUUUGGUGUCCUCGCAAAUUCUCUGUUUUGGAAGUCAAGAAAAAUGAGGGCAUAUCAGGUGCAAAUUUAUCACUAAGCAAUUUGAAAAUUGUAAUCAAGUCGCUUCUAGUACUUCGAUAUGACAACAGGAAUAGGUUUAGCUUGACCAGUUUAGCAUCAUACGGGAGCUUCUCUAUUCCGGGAAUCAGCUCAGUUGCUGUUCUCUGAACCCUUUUCAAAAGCUUACUGUCUUUUUUAAGCAGGGGCUAGCCGCUUGUAUGUAGUACUCAAGUUUAGGACGUACAAACACUGUAUACAAAGUCAGAAACGUUUUAGCGUUGACAUAACUAAAAGCCCAUAAAGUUCUAAAAACUUUGUUGGCUAUUGCACGGGAGUGUACAGUAGUCUUUAAGUCUUCGCUAACGAUGACUCCUAAGUCAUUGUGUGUCUGGACAACAGGUAUCUCAGUGUUAUUCACUGUGUAUGUAUCUGUACCUUGAUGACCGAUGUGCACCACUAUAUACUUUGGAGUAUUUAUCGACAACUGCCAGGUUUGAGACCAUUUAGAUAAUUUCUUCAGGCCACUUUGGAGUUCUAAGCUAUCCCGGACAACCCAAAAAGAGGAAAUAAAGACGAAGAAAGGGGAAAUAAAGGGGUAAAUGCUUUGGUAGCGAAAGGGGAAAUAAAGGAAAAACGCGCCAGAAUGUCACCCUUUUCGCCUGUCCGGGGGAAAUAAUGCGGAUUUUCCCCUCUUCCGCCGUUUUGUCGACAAAUUACCGACUUAUCGCCUAAAUAUCCGCCGAAUUGUCGAAUUUUCGCCUAAAUUUCCGCGGAAUUGCCUACUUAUACGCUUAAUUGUCUACUUUUCGCCUAAAUA